AUGCCGGAAGUAGGGUUUGAUUGGCAACGACUGCUACCUGGAGCAGAGAGCAGCCAUUGCUGUGUCUGGCAGCAGGUAGAACGUCUGUCUGAUAUUAAAACAGAAGACAUAGAAGAAGAAGAAGUGACUGAUAUAAAGGUAGAAGAUAUAGAGGGAGAUGAAGAGACGUAUGUGACUGAUAUAAAGGCAGAAGAUACAGAGGGAAAAGAAGAGACGUAUGUGACUGAUAUGAAGGCAGAAGAUAUAGAGGGAGAAGAAGAGACGUAUGUGACUGUUAUUAAGGCAGAAGACAUAGAGGGAGAAGAAGAGACGUAUGUGACUGUUAUAAAGGCAGAAGAUAUAGAGGAAGAAGACGAGACGUAUGUGACUGAUAUAAAGGCAGAAGAUACAGAGGGAGAAGAAGAGACGUAUGUGACUGAUAUAAAGGCAGAAGAUAUAGAGGGAGAAGAACAGACGUAUCUGAAGGGUGAUCAGCAGUGUAAGGAGGAGGAAAUCCCUACAGAUAUCAGCACAGCAGAUGGACACACAAGCAGGAAUAUCACAGAAGGACAUCUAAUGUUAUCCCCGGAUUGUGACAUAAAAGAUAAUGACAGUAGACAGGAUUCUCCAGGAGAUAACCCCAUUACCCCAAUGAUACAUCCAGCUCUAUCAGCUGAUCCCUGUGAUCCUGGAAAAUGUUCUCCUGAUCACUCUGAUAUUGGUGCAUCUGUUACAGCUCUGACCGUAGAUACAGUGUUUCCCUGUUCUAUAGAUGCCAAAUGUUUUACACAGAACACAAAGCCUAUUAACCCACAGACAGGUAAGGCAGGUGAGAGGCCAUUUCCAUGUUCUGAGUGUGGGAAAUGUUUUACAUACAAAUCACAUCUUGUUGUACAUCAGAGGAGUCACACAGGUGAGAAGCCAUUUUCUUGCUCUGAGUGUUCUAAAUAUUUUACACGGAAAUCAUAUAUUAUUACACAUCAGCGAAGUCACACAGGUGAGAAGCCGUUUCCAUGUUCUGAGUGUGGGAAAUGUUUUGCACACAAACUGUAUCUUGUUAGACAUCAGAAGAGACACACAUGUGUGAAGCCAUUUUCUUGCUCUGAGUGUGGGAAAUGUUUUACACAGAAAUCACAACUUGUUACACAUCAGCAAAUUCACACAGGUGAGAAGCCAUUUUCUUGCUCUGAGUGUACGAAAUGUUUUACACGGAAAUCAGAUCUUAUUACACAUCAGCGAAGUCACACUGGUGAGAAGCCAUUUCCAUGUUCUGAGUGUGGGAAAUGUUUUGCACACAAAUCAAAUCUUACUAAACAUGAAAGAAGUCACACAGAUGAGAAGACAUUUUCAUGCUCCGAGUGUGGGAAAUGUUUUACACGGAAAUCAGAUCUUGUUAAACAUCAGAGAAGUCAUACAGGUGAGAAACCGUAUCCAUGUUCUGAGUGUGGGAAAUGUUUUGCACACAAAUCAAAUCUUACUAAACAUGAAAGAAGUCACACAGGUGAGAAGCCAUUUCCAUGUUCUGAGUGUGGGAAAUGUUUUGCACACAAACCAGAUCUUGUUACACAUCAGAGAAAUCACACAGGUGAGAAGCUAUUUUCUUGCUCUGAGUGUGGGAAAUGUUUUACACAGAAAUCACAUCUUGUUACACAUCAGAGAAGUCACACAGGUGAGAAGCUAUUUUCUUGCUCUGAGUGUGGGAAAUGUUUUACACAGAAAUCACAACUUUUUACACAUCAGCGAAGUCACACAGGUGUGAAGCCAUUUUCUUGCUGUGAGUGUGGGAAAUGUUUUACACGGAAAUCAUAUCUUGUUAAUCAUCAGAGAAUUCACACAGGUGAGAAGCCAUUUUCUUGCUCUGAGUGCGGGAAAUUUUUUACACAGAAAUCACAUCUUGUUAGACAUCAGCAAAGUCACACAGGUGAGAAGCCAUUUCCAUGUUUUGAGUGUGGCAAAUGUUUUGCACGGAAAUCAGUUCUCUUUAUACAUCAGAGAAGUCACAAAGGUGAGAAGCCAUUUCCAUGUUUUGAGUGUGGCAAAUGUUUUGCACGGAAAUCAGUUCUUGUUAUACAUCAGAGAAGUCACAAAGGUGAGAAGCCAUUUCCAUGUUUUGAGUGUGGGAAAUGUUUUGCACACAAAUCAGAUCUGGUUAGACAUAACAAGUCACACAGGUGUGAAUCCAUUUUCUUGCUCUGAGUGCGGGAAAUGUUUUACACAGAAAUCACAUCUUGUUAAGUCACACAGGCAUUUCCAUACUCUGAGAAAUAAGCUUUUGUUGCACACAAUAGACCACGCAGGUGAGAAACCAUUUUAAUCUUCUGGAGUAUACUUAUCAUUGCCAUGUAAUGUUCCUCAAGAUUCUGUCCUAUCUCUUAGGCUUUUUGUAAUAUACAUGCAACAGGUCCUUCUGAUAGAAGCUCACCAACAAAGGGCAGGGCUACAGCUCAGCUUUGCAAACCAACCAGACUUAAGCUUGGAGGUUCAGAGUAACAAAAUGCUGAUCAUGUGCGGAAUCUUGGGGGUAAAUUUACUAAGAUGUGAGUUCUAUUUAAGAUGGGAUGUUGCCAAUAGCAAGACAGCCAGAUACCAGCACUUAUUUCCCUCAGAAGAUCUACCUACAGUCAUACAUGUAUUUGUAUCAUCACAAAUAGACUACUGCAAUGUCCUCUACCUUGGUCUCCCAGCAAAAGAAUUGCCCCGGUUGUAGCUUGUACAGACUGCAGCAGCCAGGCUGUUACCUAACCAGCCCGUUCCUGCCACAUAACACCCAUUCUCUGCUCCCUUCACCAGCUGCUUGUAAGAUGGUGACUACAUAAUCUGCUUACUGAUUCUCCCAGCCCUACAUGAUCCGGGUCCAAGGUACCAGAAGCAGCGCUCUGUUUGGUUCCAUCUGCAGAUAAAGGACUGUAACCAGCAGUAUCAUAAUUCCCCAAGCAGUGCUAAGAUGUCGGGUGACACAGGGUAGGCGGUACCUUUGCAGUAGCGGGGGCUGCCAGAGCAGUGUGUACAUAAUGGAAAGCUGCUCAGGUGCUAAAAGGGAGGGGUAAUUCUGUGUUGGAAAAACUGUGUUCUCUAAUGCACACUGAGUGAAAAAUAUUACUACAUAAUAGUCAGAUAAUACGGAGAUCUUAGUUGCGUAUAUCUGCAGAUAUAGGGUUAAGCCCCCAGGCCGAUCGACAAGGCUUCUCCAUCACUGGGGGUCCCUAAUACUAGGUAUGGGUCCGGGGUGCAGGACCCCACAAUGUCGGCACAGGUCGGCCACCCCAGGUCAGCACACAGGUGAGAAUUAAUAAGAAGCACAUAAGUGCUAUGUAAGUGGUGUGAUUAAAAUAAUAUAUACAAAGUGAUAGGGAAAAUAAUAAGUGUUAAUAAAGUGUUAGGGUGUGCCGACCUGAAGCAGCCCAGCCAUACCGACACAGGGGCCACCACACCCCACACCCACCCCAUAAAUAAUUACAAAUAUGUCUGGGUUAAAUUCCCAGUGUAAGGCCACAUGGUAAUGGCUCCUACAGCAUCUGAGAGCCAGCUUACCUGGGGAUACCCCUGGCUUCCCCUAUGGCACUAUGGAGUCAGCAAUCCCUCCUAAUGCUGACCCAUCUAUGCCUCUCUAAAUACAAUACACAAAAUGGAAAGCUGCUCAAUCAGAUUGUAAUAUCACUCAGGUGCUAAAAGGGAGGGGUAAUUCUGUGUAGGAAAAAACUGUUCCCUAAUG